AUGGGUCUUCCAUUAGCUCUCAAACUUUUGAGUACUCAUCUUUGUGGAAAAAAUACUGACAACUGGAAUACCAUCUUGACGAAACUCAAUGACACUGACUCCCUCCACACCCCUAAAGAUAAAAUUCUUGCGGUGCUCAAGAUAAGUUUUGAUGGGCUAGAUCCCGACUAUAAAAAUGUAUUUUUAGAUAUUACGUGUUUUUACAGAAAUUGGAGGGAAGAAUAUGUAAAAGGUGUGCUUGACAGUGAUCUAUCUAUGCUCAUUGAUAAAUCUCUUAUAUCAGUCCAAAAUGGAAGAAUUGAGAUGCAGGAUCUAAUCCAAGAAAUGGGUUGGCAUAUUGCAAGCCAGGAGAAACCUAAGAGCAGGUUAUGGCAGCUUAAUAAGGAUCGUGUUGAUAUGUUAAGCGGAAAAAUGGCUAAUAAAGACAUAGAAGGUAUUAACUGGUUUGUUAGAUGGGAUGCUGAUGAGAAAAUUAGCUUUGAAAUUACUUUCAAAAAGAUGACAAAUUUGAAGAUGUUCAAAGUUGGUGGUGGUAGUAGUGAUUUCCAUCUCAUGGAUGAUUAUCUUCCUAGCAGUUUGAGGUGGCUUGAAAUUGCAUUCUAUCAUUUCACUUCAUUACCAGAAAGCUUUGCAUCAUCCGAGCUUAUUGGUCUUUCUUUGCGGUUUAGUUCUCUAGAGAAAUGGAGCAUAACUCAGAAAUUAGACAAAUUGAUCCUUUUGGAUCUUAGCUUUUCCGAGUCUUUGUGUUGUAAAAGCUUUGUGGGGUUUGCUGUAUAUUUCCUCUCUUCAAAAGAGGAAGUAAUGGAAGCAGUUGAUGAUAUAUAUUGCAAAGUCAGAGCCAAAUUGUCAUACGAAGAUAAUAUAAUGGAAAUGAAGUUUUCCAAAGUAAAUGUAUGA